UGGUGUAGUCAGGGCAGUGGAUACAACACUCUGUUUUAUCCACUGCUCUGGGUGUAGUUAAAGACAGAUGGUCUGCUUAAAGAAGGAGAGGUUUCUGCCGAGACAUUUUUCUGAAGAUGAGUCUCCACUCGUCCAGAUGCCUUGACCCGGCAACCUACUGGCGGGACGGGUGGUGUGCUCCGUGUGGAUUAAAGCCAGGUCAUGAGGUGUCACCUAACUGUGGCUUCGAUGAUGACGGUGGACUCCACGAACGGUCACUAAAGCCGUGCAAACCGCGCACUUACAACGACGGUACAAAGCCGUCCUGCUCUGCCUGCUCGUCGUGCCGCGUUGGCAGUGAAGUUGUGAGUCCGUGUACAUCAACAGCUGACACCGUCUGUUCACCCAUCACAAGAAUUAAGACUACACUAUUCACAAUAACAAGAACAACAACUUCUCAGCCUGUCUCAAAACCAGACAUGACUCUGACGUCAUUCAGACCACCCAGGACCUCACCAGGGGGUUUGCCCACUCUGCAGCACGUCCCUACUCUAGUGUGUGCUGUAUUAGCCAUCAACGUCUUCAUCAUACUGCUUGCUUUCUUGAUACACAGGAAAUGGAGAAGAGGUCAGUGCAUAAAAAUGUGUCUUUACAGAGGAGCAGCUGCUGAAAACCACGUCCUCUCUCCCAUCCCCUACUUGGUUAGUGAAGACCAUCCAGAGGACGUUCUGAGUGACAAGAUCCAAUCAGCAUCUUUGCAGGGGGUUCUGGACAAUCUAGAUGUUUUGGAAGAGUUGGUUAUCUUGCUGGAUCCAGAAACCCCGGGAAUAAAGAACACCAAGCAUCUUGCUUCUCUCUGCUCCUUCCCUUCCCCCUGGGUGAACUACGUGUACUCUAUGAAGGACAGCAAGAGCCCCCUGAAGGCCGUGCUUGAGCGGCUCAUCAGCAGUCACCCCGACUGGACAGUAGGACACCUGGCCAGGCUGCUCAAGGAAAUUAAACGCAAUGACGCCAUCGCUGUACUAAACUCAGGCCUAGCCCCCAGGCCGGGCGGCUAUUUUUAAAUAGGAGGAAGAAAGAAAAAAAAAAAACAAUUUUCAAAUAUCACAAGUUCUACGGACAGUAACUGAAAUAACAGAACUUUUGCAGUUAUUGAAGUUGUUGCAAAAGGCCUGAGUUGGAUACUCGCUUUAAGCAAAUAAGAUAAUAAUUCUGGUGUUCCCUGAUUUGGAAAUGUGUAAUACAAAAUAAUGUUUUCGUUAAAGAAAAGGAAAAUUGGAUAAAUUAAAUGCUACUUUGAUUUAAAGCCUGAUUCAAACUCACUCAUCUAAUCUCCCAUAACAAAACUUCUUUCUUCCUUUAACAGUCUGCAUUUAAGAACAUAAACUUGCAGUUUUUUUUAGUGGUAUCUGAGAUCCUCUCUUUAAAUAUUUUUUAACAAAAUAUAUUUUUGUAUUUUUGAUUUACAAAAAACAUCCUAUGUAAUUAUUUAGUCCACUAUUGCAUUGUAUACCUUUUACCUCUGUAAUAUGAAUUACUA